GGACCAACCGUCUAAACGGACGGCAACUUGAGCCUGCUCUCAUCGACACCACAUCUCGUCUUCCGGCCAGCUUCACAACCACGCUCGCGGCUGCACUCCUGCACAAUGCGAAGCAUCGGAGACAAUGUCCAAAGCCACUGCCGACUGGAAGAGGGUUGGUGACCGCUUCUACCGCAAGACCCAGCUCUACACAUCCAUCUUCGAUCCCGACAUCGAACUCGAAAACUACAAAGUCGCCGGGGCCCCUCUCAGUGGCGCUGUAGCACUGUACCGAGAUGAGAGCAAAUUCUUUGCCUACCGUGGCUCCCACACCGACACGUCCUCAAUCGAUAUCUACAGCUGCGCGGGCAAGUUGAUCCGGCAGAUCCAAUGGGAUCGCGGGAGAAUAGUAGCCGUGGGCUGGUCGGAGGAUGAGAGGCUGCUCGUAGUCACCGAUGAUGGCGCCGUUCGGAAUUACGCAGAUCUGCAUGGAGAAUUCACUCCCUCCAGCCUCGGACAUGGCGCGGAAGAGCACGGAGUGGUGGCUUGCAAGUUUUGGGCCAGUGGCUUUGUCGCGCUGCUGGGAAACAACAGUCUAGUUGCCGUGACCAGGUAUGAGGAGCCUCGGCCUCAACUUCUGGCGGCCCCUCCGCGCGGUGACGUUCUCUCCUGGACCGUCGUGCCGCCGGAAUACACGUCUUCCCGCUCCGUCGAAGUCCUGCUAGCAGUCGGCAAAACUGUCUAUGUCGUGGAUGCAGCUGAAUCUGAGGACCGGGGUCUACAAGCCGGUCCAUUUCACCACAUCAACAUCUCUCCGAAUGGCAAAUUCAUUGCCCUCUACACCGAUGACGGCAAGGUGUGGGUGAUUAGCAGUGACUUCCAAGACCCUUUGAGUGAGUACGACUCCAAGGUCAAGACUCCGCCAAAAGAUGUCCAAUGGUGUGGCAACAACGCUGUUGUACUCGCGUGGGAAGACGAAAUCCAUCUCGUCGGGCCAGAUGGCAAGGCGACAGAGUACCCACCCUACACCUCCUUUGUCCACCUGCUGCCGGACAUCGACGGUAUCAGAUUGCUGACCAACGAUGUCUGCGACUUUUUGGAAAAGGUCCCCGAUUCUACAGAGGAAGUCUUUCGACUCGGAUCCAAUGCUCCGGCUGCCAUGCUCCUGGACGCCGCAGAUCACCUCGAGCGAAAGUCGCCAAAAGCAGACGACAACAUCCAGAUCAUUCGCUCGCAGCUCGAUGAAGCCGUCGAUGUGUGCGUCAAAGCAGCAGGACGGGAGUUCAGCAUUCAUCGGCAAAAGCAACUCCUGAAGGCUGCUUCUUUCGGCAAAUCCGUGCUCGACCUCUACAACAGCGACGACUUCGUCGACAUGACCGAAGCCUUGCGCGUGCUGAACGCCGCUCGAUUCUUCGAAAUUGGAAUACCUCUUUCAUAUGAACAGUAUAUCCGACUUACCCCGGAGAGGCUUGUACAGCGACUGGUGAGCCGGCAAGAGUACUUGCUGGCGCUCAAAGUCUCCGAGUUUCUGCAUCUACCGGUACAUCGAAUCUACGUCAGCUGGGCCCGUCAAAAGGUGCGCAGCUCCAACACAAACGAAGACAGCAUAUGCGAAGAGAUCGUGCGUAAGCUGAACGGAAGGCGUGGCAUCUCGUUCGAGGAAGUUGCGCGUGCGGCCUACGAUGAAGGACGGGGCACGCUCGCCACGCAACUGCUCGAACAUGAACCUCGAGCUGGCAAACAGGUGCCGCUGCUAUUGAGCGUAGGAGAGGACUCCAUCGCGCUCGACAAGGCCAUUUUGAGCGGCGACACCGACCUCAUCGACUUUGUGCUACGAAACCUGAGGAACAAACUGCCCAUGUCAAGCUUCUUUCACACUAUCCGCAGCCGCCCGAUCGCCACCGCAAUCUUUGUAUCGACCGCGUCAGAUGAGAAUCAGGAAAUGCUGAAGAAAUUCUAUUAUCAAGGCGACCGGCCGCUGGACGGCUCUAAUAUCCUCCUCUCCGAAGCACUUGACGCCAGCGAGCUGAAUUCUGCUACGGACAAGCUCAAAUCGGCCUCCCGCCUUCUACGCGAUAGCAAAGAGCAUGCGGCCCAGGUGGCUGCCCUCGAGGAUACGCAGAAGCUUCUCCGCUUUCAGGAGACAUUUGAAAAGGAGCUCAAUGAGCAGUAUGUCGGCUUGUCGAUUAACGAGACGCUGUCGAAGUUGAUGAAGACGGGCAAUGUCAAGCGGAGCCAGAAGAUCCAGAGUGAGUUCAAGAUUGGGGAGAAGACCGUUUCCUGGAUCCGAUUGCGAGCACUGGUUAGUAGGAGAGAAUGGCGGGAGUUGGAGGAUCUUGGGAAGGCCAAGAAAAGUCCGAUUGGAUGGGAGCCUUACUUUAACGAGAUUCUGGGCGCCGGCAAUACCAAGCUUGCCUCGGUGUUCAUCCCGAAGUGUACGACACUUCCAUUGGGUGAGCGCAUUGAAAUGUGGCUCAAAUGCGGCAUGCCGAGGCAGGCGGUGGAAGAGGCACGGAAGAUGAAGGACAGGAACGCGUUGGAGGAACUGCGUUCGAAGGUAGACGGUGAUGUGCAGCUGGAGAUUGACCGUGUCCUCGAACUGCUUCGGAAAGGAAGAUACUAGAGCGGGGUGCGAGGAUAGACACGAUAUAGGCUGGCAAAGUCAAAAUCGAUGAGCAAUGAAGCGAGCGAUC